UUUUGCCUUCCGGGCAUGUUGCUUACUCUUACUCUUCGCAUUCAGCUUGCUAAGGAUGCUGGGAGUUGAAGUACAAAACCUCUGGAACACUGAACUACUGCGUUAAGGCAUUGAAGGAUGUUUUUUUUCUCUCUGAUUCCAAACAAUUGCUCAUCACUGCACAGAAUACUGAUUAUCCUCUGCCUCUUCAGUCCAUUAUUUUAAGGGAACAGGCUAUUUUUAAGUGCACAGUUGACAAAGAUGACUCUUUCAUUCUGUACAGUUCAGGGCUGAUUUGGUGGAACCUUUCAUAAUCACAUGCCUUUCUGCAGCCUGCCUGAAUUUGAUCACAGUAGCUGAUUUCAUGCAUUGAUAAUGAAGCCUUUAGGUUGCUUUUUUUGUCUGCAUAAUUUCACAUCAGGCGUCUGGUGUGACACAGUUCUAUGUUUCAGUCCCCGCAUAAAGACACAGCUCUGUAAUUGCUUUGCUUUCUUUACAAAUGACUCAGUACGCGUUUCUUCUCUCCUAAAUAUGUUGCCAGCAUGUAAAGGAUUUUCAAUGAGCAGUGAGAGAUGAACCAGCGUCUCAGAGGGUUGGUACUGCAUUGAUUUGAAACUGCACAGACACAGAGAUGGUCGGUGCCAGAGCGUAGUUCUUUAGAUUAUACUCUUCGCCUAUUGGAAGUUCCCUCUGUCCAACUUGGUCGCUGUUUGCUGCUACCUAAGCAUAGGCUUAUUCCUUGCUAAAAUGUGGAGUGGAUUUUCCCGUCGAGGGAUAUUUGGCAGCACAUGUCACACGACCACACUUCCAGCACUUGUUCGGACGCCCAGCCUUAUGAUGCAGCCAUCUCUGGAUAUGAAGCCUUUUGUAUCAUUUCCCAUGGACAGCAGUCCGGCUGUUGGCCUUUUCCCAAACUUUAAUACAAUGGAUCCUGUGCAAAAAGCUGUGAUCAACCAUACAUUCGGUGUAUCUAUUCCCCCAAAGAAAAAGCAAGUUAUUUCUUGCAAUGUCUGCCAGCUUCGCUUUAAUUCAGAUAGCCAAGCCGAGGCACACUACAAAGGCACUAAACAUGGGAAGAAGCUCAAAGCUCUAGAAGCAUCGAAAAACAAGCAAAAAAAUGGUUCCCCCAAGGACAGCGCCAAGGCUAUUACAAGCUCAACAGCCAACCACAAAUCAGGUGAUGAGGAAAAAGUCUGCAGUUCGGUGAGCCAUGGUAUUGCAGAAAUCAAGUCGCUCAUUGCCAAGUCUGAAGUAGCGCUAACUGCAGUGAUACCGGCAACACUUGUAAAGAGCACAAAUGGCACUACAAACAUUAAUUCUGAAUCAGAGGAAGAAAAAGCCAAGAAACUUCUGUACUGUUCAUUAUGCAAAGUUGCGGUCAAUUCCUUGGCCCAGUUAGACGCACACAACACAGGCUCAAAACACAAGACAAUGCUUGAAGCACGAAAUGGUGCUGGUCCCAUCAAGUCUUACCCCAGGUCUGGAUCUCGACUAAAGCUUCAAAAUGGUAGCAAAGGGUCAGGAUUACAGAACAAAACCUUCCAUUGUGAAAUCUGUGAUGUACAUGUCAACUCAGAAAUACAGUUAAAGCAGCAUAUCUCUAGUAGGCGGCAUAAGGACCGAGUAGCAGGAAAACCCAUGAAGCCCAAAUAUAGCCCAUACAACAAACUCCAGCGUAGCCCAAGUAUUUUAGCAGCAAAACUUGCAUUCCAAAAGGACAUGAUCAAACCUUUAGUAGCGCCGACCUUUCUUUCAUCUCCACUGGCAGCUGCUGUAUCCUCCACACUUUCCCUACCACCUCGUCCAGCCACUUCUCUGUUCCAGGGGUCCAUGUUACCCCCAGCUUUUAUAAGACCAGGACACUUCUCCCUCCGAGCGACUACCGCAUCCAUUCUAUUUGCACCGUAUUAGCUGCAAUGAACACUACGGGAUGAGUAGCUGGUGGAAGACAAAUAGACGGAAUACAACCAUUCGGUGACGCUGUGCUCUGCCAUGGCUCCUGAAAACGGACUGGGAAACCAUGACGACGAGAAUCACAGAGGCCUGCCCACUUUAUGAUAUUUAUUAACGUACCGUCGUGGAAUAACAGCAGUACAUGUGGAUAUCAAACAGAGUAUUUAAGAUUACAUGACCUAUUUUCCUCACUUGUCUGUGAUCUGUUUAACAAUGUAUUUUUCCUGACAGACUUGAAAUGUUUGGAAUCCAAAUGCCCUUAUUCCAGUGUUGAACAUGCCGACUAAUGGGAGAAACAAAAAAAUGAUUUUUGUGGAGACCACCAAAUUCUGUGGAUUACAUGAAGUAUUAUUAAGUGUGGCUCACAGGGAAUUGUGUAGUAUUGUUUUAGACCCAUAUACUGUUGUGUUUUGCAUAGUUCUAGGCACUAGGUUCUGCAGUAAAUACGCUUUGUUACAGUUGGGAAGUGGUUAUGCUUUAAUGCAAUUCCCCACCCCUACCCCAACCCAAACCGUAUUCUUCUUUUUUUGAUAGAUGAUCCGAACUAGAAAAGCCAUAUGAUAUCAAGUUGUCAUAAUAUAUUUUAUUUUUAUCUAAUUUAUUUUAUAGCAUCCUCGCUAAAUAACUUAUGAAAUGUACUACUGUAACGCAAACGCAAAAUGUACAAAAGAGAAGAGUCUUAUUUCGAAAUAUUGAUAUAGCAGUAUGAAGUUAGAAUGGUAUGAGAAGAAGCCAUGGUUUUGCUUUUUUUAUACACACUGGAGGAGUGGCACCUUGUUCUUAUUGUUGACAGUCCUCAACCGAAAUGGUGAUAUAGCAUUUCAUGGAAUAAAAGUCUCACCAGGUCUAGAAAUCCUUAUCACCCAAUCAGCUGGUAGAAUUCCUGAUAUCCAGUGUCUGAAUGGUGGCUAUGGGUUGCUAGACCUGAUUCAAACAUUGUGACUUUAAUUAAUUUGCCCUAUUGAUUUAGUUUUAUUAUACUGUUUUAGGGCAGAGACACACAUGGAGAUUCUGGGAGAUUAGUCAGCCUUCCCGCCGGCUAGAAUCUAAAUCGCCGGUGGGGUGGCACUCGGAACACUUCGUUUUCCGAAGUCGUCCCAAGUUUCCUCGUGAGGCAGCUUCAACACUUCAGAAGUCAAAGCGCUCCUCUCAGUAAUCAGGUUUGUCCAGUUAUAACGCAUCCUUAUUAUUUAAUAGGAUACAGUUUAUUGUAUAAUUGAAUCUUUAAAGGGGAUAUAACACUCCAUAGGAUUGUACUCUCAACACUGCUCCAAUGAGGAGGGGAUAUAUGCUUCCCUAAAAUGUAUUCGUUUGUGCUCAAUAACUCUUUUAAACUUAAAGGAGAACCAAACCCUAAAAUGAAUACGGCAACAUAUCCUAUAUUCUAUAUACUGAACUUACUUAGCCCGGAGGUUUAGCAUAUAACUGUAAUGAUCCAGGCAUUUAAAGUUGUCCACAUCAGCUCCCCAUCUUGGAUCUUGUUUGGUCAUUAGUGAUGGGCGAAUUCAUUCGCCAGGUGCGAAUUUGCGGCAAAUUUCAGCAUUUCGCCACCGUCAAAUAAAUUUGCGAAAUUGAUGUGAAAAUGCGCAAACUAAUCAAAAUUAUUUUGACACCUGCGACAGUACUGACGCCUGUGACAAUUCUGAUGCGCAUCAGAAUUGUUUCAGGCAUCAAAAUAAUUUUGUAAAUUUUUCAGCAAAAUGGGAGAAAUUUGCCCAUCACUGUUGGUCAUAUUUUGAGUGUCAGUGGCAUUAAAGGGCAAAUAACCCUGUUACACUUGGGGGUGCAUGUAUGCAAAUAUGUUAGCAAGGCCACCAUCAGGGGGAACAGUUGCCAGGGGGCCAGUCAAAUUUUGACCUGAGUGGGGGUACGGCUGGGUAGCCCACACUUACAUCAACUGUUUAUAUUGGAAUUUAUACUCAAUUAUUUACAGUAUCUCCUACAUUAACUUUUCAAUAGUAGAAUGACUAGUUAUUGGGCCCCAUAGCAAGAUCAUUUGGCCCCUAAACUUUGGGGCAAGACAUUUUCCAUUUCGAUAAACAUAUAUUUUAGCUGCUUAUCAGUCACAGUCCUACUGGGUCGCCUAUAGUUUAAGGGGGGUUUUCCUCUAUAGUUACACCCCAGUAAAGUGAUUUUGUAUCAUAGUCGCAUAUCCACAUUCAUCAAGUUAAACCUUUUGUACUAGCACAACCUACCUAACUACCUGGGGUGGCCAGGCAAAUAACUUGAUUUCUGAUUACAGCCCUGUAUGUUAGGCACCAGAUCACUGUACCAGGCUUUCUUUGUACCUAACUUUUAUUCCAUUAUCCUCCUUAUAUAGAGCCAUAGAAGCACAUUUUCUCAUUAGAGUCUCUGGACAAGCUAUUGUUAGCUAUUUAAACCAAAUAAAGAUAUUUAUUUAUAUAUAUAUAAAUAUAACCAAAUGACACCAACCCCCGAUGACUCCCCAUUAUGAUUCUUAGACCAUAUAAACCUGCAGAAUGUCUAGCUAUUUUAUUGGCAAAGACAUCUGGCUUCCAAUAUCUUUUUGAAUUUAGCAAAUAAUAAAUGAAUAAACAAGAUUAUAUUUGCAUUAUCCGGUCGCCUAUAUCAACGGGUUUCCCUAUUCUACAAAUCUCCCAGGGCAUCCUUUGGGUGUAUUAUUCCUCAUUCUGUUUAGAUCAGUGCUACAUCAUGCAUGUGGUUUCCUAAUGCAAUAAUGUACAGAGCAUAAACAUUUCUAGCUGAAUGAAAGCCUUUUAUUUCAUCAGAUGGAAGCAAGGUGUAAUUCCAGAUCCAGUAAGCUAGCAGCUGAGAGACAUGUUACAGCACAUAAGGUAACAGAGCACAAUAGAAUGCCUUUGAAGCACAGUCAUUUAGAACAUUUUAUCCUGCCGUUAGAAAAGGUUUCAAUCUCUGUGUACUUUUUUAAUGUAUCUUUUCAAUAAAACAUGUUAAAAUGU